AUGUUAUCUUGGAAUCCCUCCUACACUCCUUAUUCCAGGGGUGUCGUGAGGUCGGUGCGCUUGAGAUUGCGCCCAGCACUGGUUGUCCAGACGCAGACAUGGCAGUUACCUGUACGAGGACGCGCAAGGCUAUACUCUACGCCAGUAAAUGAUGAGACUACUCAGAAAAGAUAUCUUUCAGUUCCUGCUUUACCUAGGUUCAACGAGAUCGGUGUUCAGCAUCUCAGCGACUAUGUACACACGCAGGUUUUCCCGAACAAAGGUCGGGUUCCCGACCCCGAACUCGUUGCCCUCUCAAAAGAUCACCUAGCCAGACACGACCUUCUUGGCAAAUCUCAGACCGGAGCAGACCCGAUCGCCUUUGACCUUCCACCUCUCCAUGGUCAGACACUUGACGAACAUUUCCAUAAGCUUGGAAUGGACGCAUCGGAGCCUUAUCUGACGAAUGCCAAAGCAUUUGCAGCCCUAAGCUGCCCGACAAAGCCGCGGAAAUGGGUCAAGCGCAGUGGAUGGACAAAAUAUAACGCAGACGGCUCAUCGGAGCCUGUGGAUGCACCCAACGAGGAAAUGUUGACUUUUGAUACCGAGGUGAUGUACAAGGACAACCCAUUUGCGGUCAUGGCUUGCGCCGUGAGUCCAACAGCGUGGUAUGCGUGGUUGUCUCCUUGGCUUUUGGGGGAAUCUCAAGAAAAGGUGCAACUGAUACCUCUGGGAGACCCCUCGCAGCCACGGAUUGUGGUUGGUCAUAACAUUGGUUAUGAUCGUGCUAGAGUUCUGGAGGAGUAUGAUCUGAAACAGACUCGCAACUUCUUCCUUGAUACAAUGUCUCUUCACGUCGCUGUUAAUGGCAUGUGUUCUCAGCAGAGACCAACUUGGAUGCGUCACAAGAAAAACAAGGACUUGAGGGAUAAGAUUGCAAGUGAGCACAACUCGGUGGAAUUGGCCGCGUUGCUCGAGAAUAACAUGCUCAGAGAAGAGGAGGAGGAACUAUGGGUGGGGAGAAGCUCGGUGAACUCCUUGCGGGACGUCGCCAAGUUUCAUUGCGACGUCACGAUAGACAAGGCUCAAAGAGACUUUUUCGGCGAGCUUGAUCGGGGAACCCUCCUCACAAAGUUGGAUGAACUACUCGACUACUGCGCUGCCGACGUUGCAAUUACACAUCAGGUCUUCAGAAAAGUCUUUCCAAAUUUCUUGGAGACCUGUCCCCAUCCCGUUAGUUUCGGGGCCCUUCGACAUCUCUCUUCCAUUAUCCUUCCCGUGAACCAAAGCUGGCAGGAGUAUCUCACCAGAGCCGAAGAGACCUACCACAAACGUCUUGACGAUGUCCAACGGAAACUACUGGAAUUGUGCGACGAGGCUUUGAAGGUGAAAGCAGAACCAGAUGUCUACACGAGUGAUCCCUGGCUACAACAGCUGGACUGGUCUGGCCAGGAGAUCAAGAUGGUCAAGGGCAAGAAAAAGGGCGAUCCUCCUCGACCCGCUGCAAGGCAAAAGAAACCGGGCAUGCCGAAAUGGUACAAGGAUCUUUUCCCUUCCAGCAAUGCCGACAUCAAUCUUACUGUUCGGACAAGGAUUGCUCCCAUUUUGCUCAAACUGUCUUGGGAUGGUUACCCUCUUGUUUGGUCUGAUAAGUAUGGGUGGACUUUCCGGGUUCCUCGUGACCAGGUCAAAAAAUACGAGAAUCAACCAGUUGUUGUCUGCAAUAUGGCAGAGGAGGAAAAGAAUCUGCAGCUACGCGAUGAUCGGAAGAAUACCUAUUUCAAGAUCCCUCACAAGGAUGGCCCGCAGGCUCGGUGCACAAAUCCUUUGGGGAAGGGUUACAUGCAGUACUUCGAGCGUGGAAUCUUGUCUUCUCAGUUCGCGCUUGCCAAAGAAGCAUUGGAAAUGAAUGCAUCGUGCUCCUAUUGGAUCAGUGCCAGAGACCGAAUCAUGGGCCAGAUGGUGGUUUACGAAGAUCAAACCCAGAAGAAUGGCUCCGCACAAAAUCCAAUCGAUAAUCGGCUAGGCUUCAUCCUGCCUCAGGUCAUCCCUAUGGGUACCAUUACCCGCCGCGCGGUGGAGAACACCUGGCUCACUGCAAGCAAUGCAAAGUCCAAUCGUGUUGGAUCCGAGCUUAAAGCCAUGAUCAAGGCGCCUCCAGGCCAUGUUUUUGUUGGUGCGGAUGUUGACUCUCAAGAGCUGUGGAUUGCCAGUCUUGUUGGAGAUGCGCCAUUCCAGCUCCAUGGGGGUAACGCAAUCGGGUUUAUGACCUUGGAAGGUUCCAAGGCUGCAGGGACCGAUCUGCAUUCCCGCAGUGCUUCGAUCCUGGGCAUCUCGCGUAAUGACGCCAAAGUGUUCAACUACGGUCGUAUCUAUGGAGCCGGCGUCAAGUUUGCGGCCACGCUUUUGCGCCAGUUUAACCCUUCUUUGACGGAGAGGCAAACGCAGGAGACCGCAGCCAACCUUUACAAGGAGACCAAGGGCACUCGAACUUCACGUCGUGCCCUCAGCGAGACUCCAUUCUGGCGAGGUGGCACUGAGUCAUUUGUGUUCAACAAGCUUGAAGAGUUUGCUGACCAGGAGAGGCCAAGAACCCCGGCCCUCGGCGCUGGCAUCACGGAAGCCCUCAUGCGCCGCUUCAUCAAUAAGGGUAGCUUCAUGACUUCUCGCAUCAACUGGGCUAUUCAAUCAUCCGGUGUUGACUAUCUUCACCUCCUCAUUGUUGGUAUGGAUUAUCUCAUCCGGCGCUUCAACAUCCAGGCCCGCCUGUCCAUUACUGUCCACGACGAGAUUCGCUAUCUGGUCAAGGAUGAAGACAAGUACCGCGCUGCACUCGCACUCCAAAUUGCCAACGUUUGGACUCGCGCCAUCUUCUCACAGCAAGUUGGCAUCGAUGACCUCCCCCAGUCUUGUGCCUACUUCUCCGCCGUGGAUAUUGAUCACGUCCUGCGAAAGGAGGUGGACAUGGACUGCAUUACUCCUUCACACCCUUACAAAAUUCCUCAUGGCGAGACUUUGGACAUUUCUCAACUUCUGGCAAAGAACGAAGCAGCGUUCUUAGAUCCUUCUAUCGUCCCCAUAUCCCCUCCUAAUCCCGAAAAAUACGACUAUACACCUCGCGAGUCGGUCAUGUCCACCCUGCAGGCAUCCAAUGAUCCUGCGUUUAUCAAGGCGCAGAUCACCAAGGAUGACAAGGAACUUCGUGAGAUCAUCAGGGAGAAAGCACAAGCUGCUAGUGCAGGAAAGCCCACACCACCCCGCUCCUCUGCCUCGAAAUCUAGAAGCAAGUCCACUGGCUGGGUGUCCGCAGAGCCCCAACGCGCGGUCCUGAUGGACAUGGAAUCUGGCUUAUAUCCCGAUUUCCGAAACCCUCGUCCAUCCUCCAACGGAAAUAGCAAGCAGCAACACCAGGUUGGCAUGUACCGGUCUUCUUGGAAGCCUCGGCCUACUGCUCGCGCUUAG